AUGUCUCAAACCGGCGGCAACGAAUCAAUCCUGUCCGGCGAGUAUCAGCUCACGGCUGGAAUAGAGACACUAUGUAUAACCCGAAAGUUCACGAGCAUAUCCCAUUUGGCACAGGACGCCAUGAUGAUUUUCGAUACUCUCAACGCGAACGGCUUCAGGGGGAAUCAGUGGAUCUUGGUGUUGGGACUCACAAAGAAAGCCAUACACAUACUCGAUAAUGAUAAGCGUUGUCUGGAUGGAAUCACCCCUCGAUUUGAAUGGGAUGGCACCACGGGGUUGAUCAAGGUAGUGCCAGACGCUGGAAGUGAGUUUUCUACCAGUAGCUUCGUGAUGGCGGUGCACGAGACACUCUGGGCAAUGGGCAUCCCUCGAACUGAGAUGUCAUGGGGUGGUAGGACGACGUAUCAGCCCACUGUAGGUAAGGGUAAGCAAGGUGAUCAGAUCUUCACCCCUGGAGACCGCCAGCCCGCUCAUGGGCAAAUUCGUGAUUGGCCCACAUUAGUCCUCGAGACGGGGUUGUCAGAGUCACUCCGGAAGCUUCAGGAAAAUGCAAAGUGGUGGUUCAAUAACUCGAACGGCAGAGUUAGAUUUGUCAUUGUUGUGCUGAUCAGUUACGAACGCAGCACAGUGCUGUUUCAAAAGUGGCAGCUUGUGCCACCAAAUGCGCCCUCGCCCAUGACCAGGCAUUAUAUCUCCUGGCUGCACCAACAAUCACGGAAUAUGCCUCCCCUGAGUGACCAGCCAGCAGCCACUCAGAUGCUCUAUAUGGCCCAGGAAGUGACCGUUACUCCUAAUACAGUGAGCGGUGCACCGAUGGUUUUGCCUUUCCAUGCGUUGAUGGACCGGGCACCUGGCGCCAACGAGACGGAUAUCUCCAUUACCGCCCAGGACUUCCGUGUCAUCGCUAGCACUUGCUUCUAA